UGCGUUUGACGUGGACCAUUUCCGUAUGGAGACGAUGGGUGAGCAGAGUGUGCGGCUCGCGGUUCAUCUGAAUUAGCCUCGAUCUGAGCCUGGAUCUGUCCUGAAUCCCGGUCAGAGCUGGGUCCACGGGGGUUGGCAGACUACAGUCUUUCACAGACUGGUCUCUUUCUGCUCCCGUCUCCCUGCACUCCGCUUCCAUCAUGAUUAAAGCCAUUCUGAUUUUCAACAACCACGGGAAACCACGGCUCUCCAAAUUCUACGAGCACUACACAGAAGACACAGAACAGCAGAUCAUCAGGGAAACCUUUCACUUGGUCUCGAAAAGAGAUGAGAAUGUUUGCAAUUUCCUUGAAGGGGGAAUGUUGAUUGGAGGAUCAGACUACAAGCUCAUCUACAGACACUAUGCUACUCUGUACUUUGUCUUCUGUGUGGACUCAUCAGAGAGUGAACUAGGAAUUUUAGACUUAAUCCAGGUGUUUGUGGAGACUUUGGACAAGUGCUUUGAGAAUGUUUGUGAGCUUGACUUAAUCUUCCAUGUAGAUAAGGUGCACAACAUUCUAGCUGAGAUGGUGAUGGGCGGGAUGGUUCUUGAGACCAAUAUGAAUGAGAUCAUCACACAGGUGGAUGCUCAGAACAAGAUGGAGAAGUCUGAGGCUGGUAUUGCAGGGGCACCCGCUCGUGCUGUAUCUGCUGUAAAGAACAUGAACCUCCCAGAAAUGCCCCGAAACAUCAACAUAGGCGACAUCAGUAUAAAAGUGCCAAACUUGCCCUCCUUCAAAUAGUGGCGUCGUGAUUCACAGCCUGCAGAUGUCCGCCAGUGUUUACUAAGAUGCAAUCUGUUUACCAAAACCUCAAUUAACUUACUUUAUCACAGUAUACUUGUGGAAGGUACUGAGUGAUUUGAAACUCCUUUGCUGGUGUUUUUGUUUUGCUUAUUUUUUCUGUUUCAACUAAAGUGAAGUAUUUAUUUCUCAGUGGUACAUUCCCGCUGCCUCUAUGGACAUUGGUGCUUAAAGGUGCACUAUGUAACUUUGCUGGUGGGGGGGCACCUGCUUGUCUCCAUGAAGAUGUUACUGCUGUGCUUGAAAUGUUCCACAAUAUGGCAUUAAAUAUCAAAUAUAAUUAUUCAACUAUAUCUUGUUUAAUUGAUCAAAGAAAUACCUCUCCACAGAUCUGACCUGUAACUUGGCCUGAUGACAUAAUCUGCUAGUCUAAAUUAAGACAAUUUCAUGCCAUAGUGUGGAACAUUCCUGGUAAAGCAAUAACAACACCAUGUAGAUAACAAACCCUUCACAAGAAAGCUUCUGUAGUGCACCUUUAGUGUUGCGCUGCGCCUGCUACAGAUCUGUGAAAGUUUGUGACCUGAAUUGUUUUGUUUGUGUUGUAUACAUUAAACUAAUGUGCUGAUGGUGAAAAACAUGGGGGCAGUUUUAUAUUGGUUUGCUUUUUUCAGACCAAAUAAUCAAUCAAUUAAAUGAAGAAAUUAUAUCUAUUAUAGAAAAAGACUGCUUGAUUGAAUAAAUUCAACUCUUAUUGUAUCAUCAAAUAUAUAUUACAAGACAAUAAAUUUUAUUGAAUAAGAAGUGUUGUGUGAUUGGAUGUAAAAGUAUGAUUUACUUUUGUUUAUGGUAUGAAAAAUAUAUUAAAAUAUUUUAUCUUAUUUCAUUUUUUUUUUUAUAUAUAUCUUUCUUUGGAUAUGAGCAUGAGUUUGUAUUAUUUUCUUUUUCUUCAAAAAUAAAGUUGAAUUCCAACAACAA